CUUGAGGUAUUGCUAGAGUGAACGAGCGCGAGGGAGCGAGCAACGCCAUUUUCUCAAUUCGCGGGUGAAGACUGUGCGCGGUGUGUGACUUGUUUGAUAAAGUUUAUCCACGAUUCUGCUUCACGACGUCGAAAUUACGGGCUGUGUGACGGCCCUGGUGUAUUCACCAGUGUUAUGCAUAGACACGCGGCCAGCUGUGUGGUAGAUAUGGUGAGUUCAGAGAGAUCGAAGCGCUCCCGGGAGACGUGACGUCUUGUCAGUCGGCCUUUUCCCAUUCCCCCUUCUUGGUGAGCUCCCGCAGGGAUGGGUCGUGCAGAGUUGUCGCUCAUGAUAACGUAACAUAAACUAAACGGUAAAUCGAGCGCAAGUUUGCAGUCCUUGUCGAUUACUAUUUCACGUGUAAUAAAAAGAAUCGUGGUGGAAUCAGGAGCUCGUAAAAUGUUUCGUUCGGGCCAAUGGGCGGAGGUUUAGGGCGGCACAUGGCUGUUGGGGCGCCGGCUGUGCAGGGGGUGGUUUUCCCGACGCUAGCUCGAACUGACGAAAAUUCACCGUUCUUGUCAGUUGCGAUAUUCUAUGCGUACGUAUAUCUCGAUCGUGAUCGCGUGUAAUUGCGGCCGGUCACGGUUCGGAUAACAAGUUCAUAGUGACAGUGGAAAGAGAAGUACUCCGUUAUAUGUCUCGAUUUUCUUAUUGAAAAAGAGAAGCAGCCGGAGGCUUCGGCCUUUCGCGGAGAUUACGCGCGUCUCUUGUGUGCUAUAGUGUUCUGCAUUUUCUUCACGUAAAGCUUGGACAAAGGAACCAAUACUGAUCACGGACGAUCUCUGGAAGAGAAAUAUUGGACGAUCUUUGUGUUGCUGCGAAGCAGGGACAACGGGUAAUUAGAGAGCGGUGAACGUUGUUCUGGGAGGAAGAAAAUGCCGCUUCCUAAGCGACUGGUGGAGCCAGUGCUCGUCGCACGGGGCACCAUCCCUGAGAACUUUCCUCUCCCCUCAGAGUUGGAGGCUGUAACGAAUGGCACGUUGGCCAACACGAUCAGGCAACUGUCCAGUUUAUCGAGGCACGCCGAGGAUUUGUUCGGCGAGCUCGCGAGGGAAGCUCACGGGCUGAGCGACAGGGCCAACUCCUUACAGGCCAGGAUAGAUCGGCUAGCCGUCAAAGUUACUCAGCUCGACAGCAACGUCGAGGAAGUUUCGCUACAAGAUAUACACAUGAGGAAAGCGUUCAAAAGUUCAGUGGUGUUCGACCAACAAGUCGUUUCCAGGGACACCAUGCCAACGGCCAUGUUGGAAACUUACCAUCAAUGCGAUACGCCACCACCGCUCGAUAAACUUAACGUUUACAGGGAAGACGGCAAAGAUGGAUUAAAAUUUUACACGGAUCCGAAUUAUUUCUUUGAUCUCUGGAGUCAGGAGAUGCUGAAAGAUACCGAGAAGAAGUUACACGAUCGAGGGAAAAAGCCGCACAGGCCUCGGAACGAGGGUGGCGGUGGUGGUGGUGGCAGGCAUAAGAAGCGUAUAAGGCAACCGCAUAACACGAGAGAAAGGCAAAGGCAGUUGGCCGUUGGCCACGGCGAGUAUAUUAUGCCAACGCAAGGUGUCCAAUACAGGGCGCCGCACAAUAUUCAAGAUGAAUCGUUGCUGGAUAUGGUGAUGACUGGAUACGGCGCGCCACGGCCACCUAGGCCGAACAGUAUCGAGCUUAGACGAAGUUAUCCGCCCGAGGAGCAACACCUCUACAGCCCUCCGUCUUCUGAUCAUUAUAGGGUGGCAAAUUUCGUGGCUCAGGGUUAUGAAGAGAACUUGUACGGAUCGCAUUAUGGCACGGGGCAAGGGCAAGCAGGUAGCGAAACGUACCAGAGCCCUGGUGGUCAAAGCACCCCGAGCAGGGGUGGUCGAUCACGGCCAUCGCAACCACCUCCAGCCCCUCCGAGCAACACUUCUAGCAAUUCUACGCCCACCGUAGCCUCCGCCAACAACACUCCAACGCGGGGAAGAUCAAUGAGUACCGGUAGAGACACCCUUCCACCACCACCUCCCCCUCCUGGUGAAACUAUGUCUCCUCCUCCUAUGAAUGGUUCAAUACCGUCGCAUCUACUGAAUAGAAAUGGAAGCCGUUCGAACAGCCCAUUGCCCAGUCAUCACUCCACGCCCACCCCGCCAAAUCAUUCGACGCAAAUAGGAACGGAUGAAACUGACCCCGCUCCCCAAGACUUGCCACCUCCACCUCCCACCCCCGACCCCACACCCCCUAGACCUAUCUCUCCGCCCUGUAAUAUUCCACCCCCACCCCCACCACCUCCGCCACCGCCUGUCGCCAACGGACCCUCGCCCCCGCUCCCAUUGACCAACGGCGAUAUCGCUAAAAUGAUAGCGACCAAUCCACCCAAGUUGAAACCUCUGAAACCCUUGAAAAAUAUCGUGGACGGGCAAUUGAGGAAGCCCGUCAACCCAAACAUCCCUCUUGUCGAUCCGCGGAACGAUCUACUUAAAGCAAUUAGAGAUGGGAUAAAAUUACGUAAAGUAGAGAAGAUCGAGCAAAAGGAAGUGGAGCGCGUGAACGCGUUGAACGACGUUGCAUCCAUAUUGGCGCGGCGAGUUGCUGUAGAGUUUAGCGACAGUGACUCGGCAUCGGAGAGCGAAUGCGACAGUGAAGGAUGGGGCGAGCAGGAAACGAAUCUCGCGUGACCCAACUCUCUUCCAUCUACUGCCACUGCCUCCUAGAGAAAUGGCUGACGAUUCUUUCGUUUCGUUCAUUUUCAACGAAAGUUCGACUUCUGUUGUUGUUGCUCGUCGCACAAGCCACGCACUUUGUUCGCGUAUAAAAAAGGAAUAGAAAUAAUUUGAUUUCAAGUUGGCGUGCAUCGAAGAGACAUCAGAUUCGAAAAUAGAAACGAAACGAACGAAUUUCGUUUCUCGAUUGUUUAUGUUGAGUUUUGUUAACUUACAGAGAGCAUAUAAGCGCGAAUUAUUUUAAAUAGUAUCAUUAAAAGUAUAAGCAUAGUAUUGUAAGAAUAAUUAUUUUUAUUAUGCACCAUUUUAUUACCUUUAACAGGGUUUACUUUUUUUUUUUUUUUGUUUAUCAAAGAAUAUUUAAUAACUCCUUUUUUUUUUUGUAUAAAGUAAAUAAAAAGAUUAAUUGUUUUUCAUGUUAAUUACAAGGCUCAAUUUUAUAUAUAUAUAUUUAUCUGAAGAGUAUGAUAUUCUAAACAUUUAGCUUUUCUUAGACGAUUCUAGGAAUCGUCAGCCAGAGAUCUUUUAUUUAUUGAGAGAGUCUAUGAGAAGUGAAUGUAACGGAAGUCUAAGUUCUAUGUAAAUUUAGAAUAUUUUUGAGGAGCUAUAUAUUACUUAUUUUUUUUUUUUUUUCUUUAUUGACAGACGCUUCCAAUUUGUUUCAUUGUUAACAAAUAAAAGUAUAAAAUUUUACUGAAAUAUAUAUAAUUGCAUGUUUUUUUCGAUUUUCCGAUUUCUAAGCAGAAUUCAACGAACGUAUGACAGAUUAUCUAGAGUAGUAAAAAAAGACACGUAAAUAACAAAAAGUACGCACAUGAAAUCAGGCGUCGAUUUCCUAUUAUUGCUCGAUGUCGAACAUAGAGUGAUUUCUUUUCGACACAUUCCAUGAUAAUGUUAAUAUCACGUAACAGAAUAAAUUUGAUUGUUAUUCAUAUUCGAUCGUCCAUUGUUAUGAUGACGAUAUAUAUAUAUAUAUAUAUCUUUAGUUAAAAAAGUCGACUGCUCCAUAUAUGUUAUAAUAUAUUGUAUGUGACAGUGCAUAUUGUACGUGAACUAAACCAAACUCAGAGUUAAUAUUUUUGUUCUUCUUUUCGUGUAUAACUCUGUACAAUACCUGUAUCUUAAAUGUUUUUGUAUGCUUGUCAACUAUAUACUAGAUGGGUAUAUGUAUGUGUGCUCUAUUACAACGAGAGUAAUAAACAAGAGUUUUCCAAUUUUUUCUACGUUUUCAAGUGAUCUUCCAUGUCGCAACCAUGAUAAGGGGCGAUAUCGUGGGAAAUGGAAUAUUCUUUUUAUCAGCGAAGUGUCGAAAACCAAAAUACUCCACUUUACUUAUAAGAUGUAAGGACAAUGUAAUUACCGAAUGAGUGAGAGGAUUCAUAUUUUUUAGUAUUUAGCGGGAGAAUAUACUAUACUAUACUAUAGGGGAAUAUACUACUGUUGAGAAUUAUAAUGAGAAUUACAGUUGCCAAUUUUAAGCAUAAAAGAAAAAAAAUGAUUGUGAUUUAUUUUGCAUCGAUGUUGAUAAAAUACGAUGAUUAUUGAUAAGAUAUGAUAUAUAUGUAUACAUAAACGAUCUAUAUAUAUAUAUAUAUACAUAUAUACUUAUUGAUCAUUAAGAUUAUUGUAUAAUCUUAUGCGCUCGAACGAUGACAAAUGUUCAGGAAAUUUGUUUUUAACCCGUUUAACUCGUUUCUGAACUCGUUACCUAAAUAUUUAAUGAAGCAAGAGGAGUCUUAGUUGCGUAAGAAAGAAAAUGAAGUUAGAAAGAACCUCUUGUUGGUUGGUUAGUUGAUUGAAUUAGCAGUUUUUUCUUUUAUUAAUUACAAAAAAUGUUCGAUUGAUUCGAACCGCGCGAAAAGUAAUUUAUAUUUAAUAAUUUUCGCUGACUAUUAGGGAAGCAGCGUUUUCUUGUAUAAAAUUUGCGAGGUUAAGGAAUUAGGUUAAAACUGGGUCGCUCCAUGAUGUAGCAUACGAUUCACCGGCAACGACAAAUGUAAAUUCAUAUUAUUUUAAAAUAUAGUCAAAAAAAAAAACGCUACUAUAUAAUAAUAAUAAUUAUUAUUAUUAUUAUCACAUAAAAAGUUGAUCAGUCUCGUCUCUACUAUGUUUAUACAUACUAUAUAUAUAUAUAUAUACAUAUACAUACAAAGAUAAUAUAAUUCGCAGUAUAAAUUCGUUAGAUAUAAGACUAAUUAGCCGUACGUAUAUAAGUACUUUUAGCUACUUUGCCAACUACAACACAGUAUUUAUGGAAAAAUUUUUUUUGUAAUACGACGAAACGAUGAGAACAAA